GCGGUUUUCAUGGUCUCCUUCUCAGCACUUCGAUGAAGACAGCUUCUCCCCUCCUCCACCCAGGAACAUGAAGGCUCUAUCGGGUGGCCGGCCCAGCCAGCUCCAGAUCACCUCAGCUCACACCUGCGGCCUGGCCGACUGCGACCACUCCCUGGACCACCAUGAAUCCCGCACCCCCUCAUACCUCCUCAGCCCCACAGAGAGCUGUCUCAUGGAGCACCAUCGCUGCUCCCCCCGUAGCUCCAUCCACUCUGAGUGCAUGGCGAUGCCAGUCUCCAUGGCCAACACAGACCACUCCAUCUCCAGCAGUACCUUUCCCAGGAUGCACUACAGCUCCCACCACGACGGCAGCGGGUCGCGGGAUGGUGGUAGUAGAGGAGGAGGAGGAGGAGGUGUUGGCGGUGGAUCACGGGAUCGAGAUGAGUGUGGCUCGUCGCAUGGCGGCAGCGGUAAGAUGAACAGAAUCCCAGCCAACCUGCUAGACCAGUUUGAGAAGCAGCUUCCGUUACACCGUGAUGGCUUCCACACGUUGCAGUACCAGAGGGCAUCCACUACCACCACGGAGCACCGCAACGAGAGCCCUGGGAGGAUCCGACACCUGGUCCACUCUGUCCAGAAGCUCUUCACCAAGUCCCACUCCCUGGAGGGCUCGUCCAAGAUGAACGGAACCAAGGGAGACUCGCACCGGGAAGGCUCCCACCACCACCAUCAUCACCACCACGGACACCACAAACACAGCAAGCGCAGCAAGAGCAAAGAGCGUAAGUCAUCAGACAGCAGCAGUAAGCAGCGCUCCGGGGUGGCAGGCUGGUGGAGCUCAGACGAUAAUCUGGACAGUGACAGUACGUACCGGACGCCCAGUGUCAUGUCACGCCAACAUGUGGACCACAUCAGCAGCCACUGCUACCCCGACUCUGUCCACAGCCACUACGGGGACCUGUCGCUCAAGACCUCCAAGAGCAACAACGAUGUGAAGUGUUCCGCGUGUGAGAGUGUGGCCAUGGCUCCUGAAGGGAAGUUCAUGAAGAGGAGCUCCUGGUCAACGCUGACCGUCAGUCAGGCCAAGGAGGCCUACAGGAAGUCCUCUCUCAACCUGGAGAAACCCAUGAUGCCCACAGACCUCAAGCCCAACCUCAGGCCCUGCCACUACCUACAGGUACCUCAGGAUGAGUGGAGUGGUUACCCAGGGGGAGGUAAGGGUGAUGAGAUCCCCUGCCGGAGGAUGAGGAGCAGCAGUUACGUCAAAGCCAUGGGUGAUGAGGAGAGUGGAGAGUCUGACUCCAGUCCCAAGACCUCCCCCGUGAAGACGGUCCGGCCACACUCCCUGGUCAAGUAUGUCAUGCAAAGACCGCUCUUAGACUCCCAGAGUCAGAGCUUCCAGGUGCAGGCUUCCAGAGACAUUCACCCACACCCCAGCUUGGCCCUGGAGCCCUCCACCAUCUAUAACUACCGGCAGCCACCUCUCCCAACAGCCCAAUUCCGCUCCAGGAACCAGAGUUACAUGCGGGCAAUCAGCACUCUCAGCCAGGCCAGCUGUGUUAGCCAGGUCAGCCAGGUGAGUGAGACAGAGAUAAACGGUCAGUUUGAGUCAGUCUGUGAGUCGGUCUUCAGUGAGGUGGAAUCUCAGGCUGUGGAGGCUCUGGACCUGCCCGGCUGUUUCCGGACACGGAGCCACAGCUACUUGAGGGCCAUCCAGGCUGGCUACUCCCAGGAUGAUGACUGCAUCCCCACCAUGACCUCCUCCACCCUCACCUCUACCAUCAGGGCCACAGCAGGGAUCCAGUUCCGCCUCCCCUCCACCUGCAGCACUGACCGGACGACCCACGAAACCCCAGAGAUCACGUACACAAACAACUACAAGAAGAUGACCCCUCCGCCGGUCCCGCCCCGCUCCACCGUAGGCUCUAAGCCCCUCAUCUCAGUCACGGCUCAGAGCAGCACAGAAUCCACCCAGGAUGCGUACCAUGACGGUAGACCUCCUCGAGGGUGGGGGGAUGGGCUGGGCCUGAGCCUGGGAAGGUCCCUGUAUAACUCCACAGACAGUCUGGACAGUGCCAAGGCGGUGACUAUAGCCAUGGAGGCUGCAGGGGUGAUGUCUGGGAAGAGGCACCCGUCCACAGACAGUCAUAGCUCAGUGAUGACCUGUGAUAAAGCCAUCCUGGUGUCCAAGGCUGAGGAGUACCUCAAAACACCACGCUCUUCCAUAGGGAUACAGGUGGAAGCAGCCACCGACUCGGAGUCAGAAACCAAAGGAUCGAGGGAAUACCAUUCUGUGGGGAUCCAAGUAGAAGAUGACAAAAGAGGGCAGGGCAGGUUGAAGCGCUCCAACAGUGUAACAGCCUCCGUUCAGGCUGACAUGGAGAUGGAGGGGUUUCCCACCAUGGAGGACAAGGGCCUACAGUUUGGAGGGGGCUUCCUAGGGGGGCACUCUGAGCCCAGCACGCCCACCCAGUACGGAGUUCGCACCGUCCGCACCCAGGGCCUCUUCAGCUACCGGGAGGACUACCGGACACCCACGGAGCCCCCCAGCCCCCAGCAGACCUCCAGCGAGACCACCUGGCAGCUAGAGCCUCCCUCUCCUAGGGAGCCCGCAGCAUCGUCUGGAGAGUCGGGCCGCGUGUCCCCCUCCUUGCGGAGGGAUGGAAGCUGGUUCAUGCAGCUGCUCCACGCAGAGACCAAGAGGAUGGAGGGAUGGUGUAAAGAGAUGGAGGCAGAGGCAGAGGAGAACGACCUCUCUGAGGACAUCCUAGGUAAAAUCAGGAGUGCGGUGGGCAGUGCUCAGCUCCUUAUGUCUCAGAAAUUCCAGCAGUUAUACUGGCUUUGUCAGCAGAACCUGGACCCCAGUGCCAUGCCCCGCCCCACCUCUCAGGACCUGGCUGGAUUCUGGGACCUCCUGCAGCUGUCCAUCGAUGACGUCACCACCAAGUUUGACAAGCUGCAGCAGAUGAAGAACAAUGACUGGAGGCCCGUAGAGAAGAGCCCUGAGAAGAAGUUACCACCUGCCAUACCAAAGAAGUCCAUGAUCGGGAAGAGAGGUGUGACGCGGGAGAAAUCCCUGGAUCUUCCAGACCGCCAUCGCCAGGAGGCACGCAGGAGGCUGAUGGCGGCCAAGCGUGCAGCUUCCUUCCGUCAAAACUCGGUGUCAGAGAGAGCAGACAGCAUCGAGAUCUACAUCCCUGAGGCCCAGACUCGCCUUUGAGAGCAUUGGGACAGGGGUCAGGGGUGAGGGGCGUCUCCCCCUUCAGACUUCCCCUCAACUAGACUCUCCUUUAACUAGCCUUUUUCUAGACUAUCUACUGUACACUUUCCUCCUUUACCUGUCUCCUCAUGACUGUCAUCAUCUUCUGAGUUCAUCUCCAGUCCUCACUAAGUACGAUAUCGCAGAACCCCUCAUCCAUUACCAAAUAUGUAUUAGUAGAUAUACAGAACCAGUCAACAGUUUGGACACACCUACUCAUUCAAGGGUUUUCU